AUGUCAGAGGCAACGCUCAAGGGGUUGGAUGUCGUCAAGCGGGAGGAAGAGAACAACGCGAUGGAUAAAAGUAACGAAGCCGAUGCCGCAGCUUCGUCUGGUAACUACAAGGAGGCCAACAAGGCGGCUGACAAAAGCGAAGAGCAUUCUACCAAUGCUACAAACAUCGGCAGUGCUACGGGCACUGGUUGA